AUGGUUGCGCCGUUGUUAUGCGAGUCGCGUGGGCGCGUCGCUAUUCUGGAUCGAUCUAAGUCCCCAUCGAGGACAGUCGCAUCUGGCCCGAAGGAUCCUUCUUCGUGGGUAGCAUUGCUCGACAAAUACUUGCCACAACGGCUCAGGCUGCACGAUGCCGAUAGACGACCUGGCGAGGUCGACCUCGAUUUCGAGGAUAUCCUACGAAUCACCAGACAAGCAAGAUCAAACAGUGGGGUGCAUUUGUGGUUGUGGAUGGUUGAAAACGGUCGCAAGAAGGCUCUCGUACACCUGAUCAAUUCCAUUUUGAAAGACAUUGCUUCGCGAGAUCCCAAACAUAUUCCACAAGAGUUGCCAUCCAACAUUGUAUGGUCAGACUCUCUGUUCAAGGAUAUCGAUGCACGGCGCAGACCUGCCAACCCCUUGCUUAAAGCAGUAUACACGAACACAUCGGACAGAAGUAUCGAAUCUAGCCUUGACGACUCGAGUCAAAUUCUCCCGUCCGAUCGCAACAUGAUGAACUUGAUCUGGAUGAGCUUGGCUGGCCUUGUCUUGCGUGCAGCAAAUACUACACAAGAGCGUGCCGAGGACUACAUGUCCAUCGUCCUACUUGUUCUUGGUCAACUCCACAGCCUGGGAAUGAUUCCGGAUUCAAUAUACACGUACAAGUCUUCGACUCUGCCUUCUCACCUAAGGCGACCUCCUGUACUCCAUCUUGUAUGCUCCCGCAUCCUUACCGCCCUCUCAGAUGCAACUUGGCGUGAUCAGCAGGAUGAUGCCAUAGCCUCGGCUGUUGAUCUAGGCUUGAGCCUAAAAGAGAUUGGUGAGAAUGUGCCAGGUGGUCGUUUCCGCCUCAAGGUCAGACCCCUUGCCCCUGAGUUGUGGCUCGAGCUUAUUCUGUGGUGUUGUGUGGAUGGUGGUCACGAUGCUGCGGCCUCUUCCAUCAUUUCUAUGCUCCGUCAAGAAACAGAAAACCCCUGGUUCGCCAUCAGGUGGUGCUCUACACAAUUGUCUCCUGGCUAUGACAAUCUUAUUGAUUGGGAACGGCUGAAGCUUCGUCAUGGCGGAUCUGUAGGCUUAAUCGAGGGUUACAGUCGGGAGAAGCCAUUUGUUGAGACCCCAGAAAGGACUGUCAGUGUUGAAGUUAUCCUCGCCUUGGUCGACAAAUUACUGGAUAAUGCUAGCAGCCAGGUCGAACCUCAUACCGCCUACAUCGAAAUGCUCAUCAAGCACAUAUCACGCCUGAUCACCUUCCUCGAGCCUCACGAUCUGCCAUCUAGUUAUUUUGACUAUUUGGACUCGAGGUUCGUUCAAACUGCCGGCCUGGAUUUUGCGUCUACUCCAUACCUCCUGCAGAUGUGGAUCAAUCUGUCAGGUCGCAACAAUUUCGAGAAGAACUCUCAAAAGAGCGAUCCAAAUCAGGACCUGCAGCUCGAAUCAAUUCUUGAACAUACGUUGCUGCAAAGUGGUAUCCAGCAUCAAGCCCUUGAGGGGUUCGUGCAGAAGAGCGCCGUGCACGACGCACUUUCUGUUUUCAACGACGUCCAAGAGCUCGUUGAUCGCAAUAAGAUUAGAUCGAUUACUGAAUUUCUGAGACCUGACGUGGAGGGUGGAAAAGACUUCUUCUCCCCUCGAGCGAAAAAGUAUCGGUUGGAAUAUGCUGAUUCCCACGCACAACUUCCCUUGUACAAGCUGGCAGGAUUCUUCGACCUUGUCACCGAAGCAAAGUUGUCUGGUCUUGGUGAGUGGUUGCUCUUUUCUGAUGAUCUGGAUGGUGUACUCAUUCCUGCAUCGGCCUAUGGACGUACCAGUAUUGCGCCUGCUUUGUGCAGAUUCGCAUCUCUCACCAAUAGCCGUGAAUUCUUGCAAAGGAUUGUCAUUGCAACUAGAAAGACACUUUCGCAGCCGACUGUCCGAGUGCUUCGCGCUCUGCUUGACGCAGAUAUUGACUUGAUGGAUCUGAACAGUGCAAAAGCUCGACUUCUUCGAUUGAAGCGUAUUCAAGGUGGAAGUUACUCGAUCAGCAAUCUUAUGCACCUUGCAGCAAUAGUGUUGCGUCUGGAGGGAGGUUUAGGUAACACUGGAAAUACCGUCAACAACACCAGUUCUCGGCUUGCAAGAGCCAUUGCAAUCUUGGACAGUCUACUCGAAGGGCGCUACGACAGUGUGAGAAACGACUAUAUCCUGAGUCAGCGGGUCUUGUUCAAGCAGCAGGUAUCGCACGUGUUGCGUCUGUUCGCUUACUGCAAUAAUAGUGUCUUGCAACAGUUGGCCCGUAAACACUUUCACCGAUAUCUGAGUGGAAACCAGGCGUCGUUGCCCGUUAAAGCUUUCAACGUGUUUCUAUCGGCAUAUACUGAUAUCAACGGGAUUCUUAAUGCACAGGCAGUGUGGAAGUCUUUCUGCUACGAACCUGGUUCCCUGGAAGUCUCGAUUCCGAGUUUUGAAGAUAACGAUCCUCGUAUGGACAACGAGAACCAGGACAGUGUCCCUUUCGAAACGCAGCAUGAUCAACGCAAUGAUAACAAAUCUAAUCAAAUGAGAGACGUCGAGGAGGAAUUCUCAAACAAUUUCUUCGCUACCACUUCACAAGAAGGCUUCUCAGCCCAGACUGAUGAUAGUGUUGACGAAGAGCCCCUCACAAGCGGAACUUCUACGGACCAGUCGGUAGGUAGAGAGAUUCAAGCAGACGAGUUCCUGGAGCCAAUGCCUAUUGUGCAGCCCAACCUGUCAACUCUAAGGGUUAUCGCCCAAGCACAUAUAGCUCAGCGCAAGGCAGAGGAGGGCCAAUCGCGAGAUCCUUUGACUCCUUGGCUCGUCAACAAAUUCAGGUCCUUAGGUGCUGGAAGUUCUGCUGCCAUCGCCCAGGAGCUUGAAAUGCCGUUGUCUGAGCUGGAUGUUGCUGCACAGACUCGACCUUUACCUCAAUCACUGGGCAAAGAGCUUGGGGCAACUAAGAAAACCAGCAGCUUGUGGAGGCCGACAUUCCAUGGGUCGUCUACUCCGGAAGGACGACAGAAGACAAGAAAGCCCAGAUCGAAAUCAAAGUCGACAUCAUCUUGA